CAAACUUUGAUGGGUAAAUAGUACCAGGAUUUUCACCCUUUGGGGUGGGUGGGUGAAGAUCAAAUAGCCACAUUGAUCUUCCAGGCACGAUAAGGGGGCAAACAACAGCAGUUGACAACCUCCUCAAAGGAAUCACUGAAGGAGUUUGAAGAGAACAACAUUUCCUCGAAGGAGUUUGAAGAGAAGCCAUGCGCAGCUGAUGCUCGGCAAGUCAAGAGCCAGAAGGCGUUGGUGUCUGAGAUCUGCGAUCCAGAUCAGCUUGCUUUUCGCCGGAGCAACUGCCAGUGGCCGCAGCUUCCUUACUUCACCAUCUUCACAGGGAAGGGCUGCAAGAUGCCAGCGACGUGCUUUUGACGUGGCCACUGGAGCUGCGGUAGGUACAACCUUUGCCCUGUUCUAUGAUUGGUCGUUGCGCCGGAAGUGGGAGCAACCCUAUCUAGAGAUGCGUGUCAUCGAUGCUGUGAUCAACAACCAGGCGGAGCUGAAAGAGCGCGUGGCCAACCUGACCGCCGUGACAGCCGCUGAGGUCGAUGUCAACUCUGCAUCAGAGGGCUGGACUCGGAUCUACGAGAAGGAUGAAGCACCGGAGAAGCUUCGGUGGAUCUACCAAAGCGAGGCGUUGCGCAUUGCUUCCAGCAGCGAGGAUCUACAAGAUCUCGUCAUUGAUGGUCGGCCAUGGCCAGAAGGCCUUUCUGGCCUCAUUUCAAGGCGCUGGCCGGAGAGUGGCGGCGUCGUUUGCGAUGUGGGAGCACGUAUGGCCUGGGAGCAUGAGAUCCGUGCGGCGGAGGCCAAGAGCAGACCAAGUUCGAGUAGCUGGACUUCCGGCUCAAGUAGCUCGUGGUCCUUUGAAUUCCGCUCUUACACCAAUCAGGAGGAAUUGAAUGCCAUGCUGGGAGCUGAGCCAGGUUGCCUUCAGGCAUUGCUUUUGCGCCCAGCCAAUCGAACGUCCCUGCAGGUGAAUGGUGACAACGCUCAGUUGGAGGACAACUUCUUGCUGCUCGCCGGCUUACUUCAGCUGAAGAUCCGUUGGCGAGGGACAUCCGUCUCUCCGUCGGGUGGGAAGUUCCCUCUACUUCGCUGGGACAGCUCCGAGGCCAUUUUGAGUAGUAGCCUUUUCCCGUGGCAACGCACCUUUGAUCGCCCUGAAGCGGCUGAGCGCCUUCGCAAAGACCCCUGGCAGCUGGUCGCCAUGGUAGAGGUGGAGGUGGAUGGACAACGGCGACUUGUGGCUGUCGUGAACCGCAUGGGAGCCGGGCGACUGGUCUUCAGUGAAGACAGCUAGAUGAGAUGGUCUUUUGAUCAUGAAAGCGUGACCUCCAGCAAGGAAGAAGUCUCAAAAACAGGGAGCUCCAUUGAAUUGUUCAGUAGGAAGUAGGUGAAAUCCCAGUUCUCAC